GGGGGCGUGGCCCCGCCCCUCACCGCGGUUCCGGCGGGGCCGGCAGGGGGCGCGGGGCCGGGCGCAGCCGCAGUCGCUGCCGCCGCCGCCGCCGUCCCGGGGCCGCCGGAGCGGCCGCACCGGGCGAUGCGAUGACAACGUCCACCCUGCAGAAAGCCAUCGACCUGGUCACCAAAGCCACCGAGGAGGACAAGGCCAAGAACUAUGAGGAGGCACUGCGGCUGUACCAGCACGCCGUGGAGUACUUCCUGCACGCCAUCAAAUAUGAGGCUCACAGCGACAAGGCCAAGGAGAGCAUCCGAGCCAAGUGCAUGCAGUACCUGGACCGGGCAGAGAAGCUGAAGGAGUACCUGCGGAGCAAGGACAAGCACGGCAAGAGGCCUGUCAAAGAAGCACAGAAUGACAACAAGGGGAGCGACAGUGACAGCGAGGGCGAGAACCCUGAGAAGAAGAAGCUGCAGGAGCAGCUGAUGGGUGCCAUCAUGAUGGAGAAGCCCAACGUGCGGUGGAGCGAUGUGGCUGGGCUGGAGGGAGCCAAGGAAGCCCUGAAGGAGGCUGUGAUCCUGCCCAUCAAAUUCCCACACCUGUUCACAGGGAAGCGCACGCCCUGGCGCGGGAUCCUGCUCUUUGGGCCGCCUGGCACCGGCAAGUCCUACCUGGCCAAGGCUGUGGCCACUGAGGCAAACAACUCCACCUUCUUCUCUGUGUCAUCCUCUGACCUGAUGUCGAAGUGGCUGGGGGAGAGUGAGAAGCUGGUGAAGAACCUGUUUGAGCUGGCAAGGCAGCACAAGCCCUCCAUCAUCUUCAUCGACGAGGUGGACUCGCUGUGUGGCUCCCGCAACGAGAACGAGAGUGAGGCAGCCCGGCGCAUCAAGACCGAGUUCCUGGUGCAGAUGCAAGGUGUGGGAAACAGCAGCGAUGGGAUCCUGGUGCUGGGUGCCACCAACAUCCCCUGGGUGCUGGACUCAGCCAUCAGGAGAAGGUUCGAGAAGAGGAUCUACAUCCCCUUGCCCGAGGAGAUGGCGCGGGCCCAGAUGUUCCGGCUGCACCUGGGGAACACCCCGCACUCCCUGACGGACGCCAACAUCCAGGAGCUCGCCCGCAAGACCGACGGCUACUCAGGGGCCGACAUCAGCAUCAUCGUGCGGGACGCCCUGAUGCAGCCCGUGCGCAAGGUGCAGUCGGCCACGCACUUCAAGAAGGUCUGCGGCCCCUCCCGCACCACCCCCGGUGCCCUCGUGGAUGAUCUCCUGACGCCGUGCUCGCCCGGUGACCCUGGGGCCAUGGAGAUGACCUGGAUGGAGGUGCCCAGUGACAAGCUGAUGGAGCCCACUGUCUGCAUGUCAGACAUGCUGCGCUCGCUGGCCACCACCCGCCCCACCGUCAAUGUCGAGGAUCUCCUCAAAGUGAAGAAAUUCACGGAGGACUUUGGACAGGAAGGUUGAGGGGGGCAUGGGGGGUGUGGGGCUGGGGCAGCUGCAGGCCCCGCUGUGCCCCCCUCCCCGGCGGUGCCAAACCGACCCGUGCUCGCUCGCUCCUGCCCCAUCGCCCUGCAGCGCCCGGCAGGCGCGGGGACACGGCCCGGGGGGCUCACACUACGGGGGUGGGUCUGAGCAUGGCCGGCCGGGUCCCCCCCUGGCUGCGCUCCACUCUUCUUCCUGCUCUUUUUUUUAUUUUUUAACUUAAUGCUGCUUUGGGUUCUGUCUUGUUUAUAUGAAAAUAAAAACAAUCUGAGAGCUUCA